AUGAUGCCACGCCACAGUGCUAAGCAGCUUACAGUACAGUACUCUUCGGGAGCUGCACAUCGUCGUCGAAGAAAGUCGGUCCUACGGUAUCUUGUUGAUGCGGACGACUCAAGUGAAGACGAGCUGGACCUAUCCUACGCACAAGCCUACGAGAACGUGCUUGGAUCUCGAGAGCGAGGCAUUCUUCCGCCUCGUCGACUUGCGUUCAAACCACAAACGAAUGGAGAGGCGUACUACAAGCAAUGUAGAUUUAGUGUAGUGCAAACUGGCAAGAACGCGAGUGACACAUCCAGCAAUACGAACUACGGGCGCGCUGCGGACUGGAUAACACACAAAGAUUGA